AUUGUCGGGUUUCUUUCUUCUUGUGCAAGCUUGGGAGCGCUUGAUCUAGGUGAGUGGGGUAUCAGUUUAAUAGAUAGGCAUGAGUUCUUGAACAAUCUGUUUAUGGCCAAUGCCCUGAUCGACAUGUAUGCGAAAUGUGGGGCUAUGGCUCGAGGUUUUGAAGUAUUUAAAGAAAUGAAGGAGAAAGAUAUAGUGAUCAUGAAUGCUGCAAUUUCUGGUCUGGCCAAGAAUGGCCACGUUAAGCUCGCAUUUGCGGUUUUUGGACAAACAGAGAAGUUAGGUAUCUCACCUGAUGGGUCCACGUUCCUUGGACUGCUCUGUGGGUGCGUUCACGCUGGCCUAAUUGAAGACGGGCUUCGUUUUUUUAACAGCAUGAGCUGUGAUUACGCUUUGAAACGCACUGUUGAACACUAUGGUUGCAUGGUAGAUCUUUGGGGCAGAGCAGGGAUGUUAGAUGACGCAUACCGUGUGAUCUGCGAUAUGCCCCUAAAGCCAAACGUGAUAAUCUGGGGAGCGUUACUGAGCGGAUGCAGACUGGUCAAAGAUACGCGGUUAGCAGAAACUGUUCUUAAAGAACUCAUAGCUUUGGAGCCAUGGAAUGCAGGAAACUAUGUUCAAUUAUCCAACAUAUACUCUGUGAACGGCAGAUGGGACGAAGCGGCUGAAGUGAGGGACAAUAUGAACAAGAAAGGUCUGAAGAAGAUCCCGGGAUAUAGUUGGAUAGAAUUGGAAGGGACGGUCCAUGAGUUUCUAGCAGAUGAUAAAUCUCAUCCUCUUAGCGACAAGAUAUAUGGAAAGCUAGAAGAGUUGGGUAAUGAAAUGAGACUUAUGGGUUUUGUUCCAACGACAGAGUUUGUUAUGUUCGAUGUUGAAGAGGAAGAAAAGGAAAGGGUCUUGGGGUAUCACAGCGAGAAGCUUGCUGUUGCGUUUGGGCUGAUCAGUACGGAUCAUGGCCAAGUGAUUCGGGUAGUGAAGAAUCUAAGGGUGUGUGGAGAUUGUCAUGAAGUGAUGAAGUUGAUAUCGAAGAUCACUAGACGAGAGAUUGUUGUUAGAGACAACAAUAGGUUUCAUUGUUUUACUAACGGCUCUUGUUCUUGCAAUGACUAUUGGUGAAAAACGGCAGAAUUUAAUUUCACUUGUCAUUUAAUUGUUCAGAGCUUGACAUUUUGUAAGAAAUAUACAACAGUUUUUAAAGUUGGUUAUAAAAAGAGUUGGCAGACAGAAUAGACCUUUUUUAGCAGGUCACAUGUCUAAACACAGAAGAUAACAACUCGGAGGAAGCAAAACAGUUGUCGGAGGUUGUGUAAGGAUGCGUUUCCCGGUGGUUCGAGGACGCUCAGGGUAGCAAAAGCCUUCAAAAUGCAGAUUCUGGUAACUCGGAAU